GCGCCAUUGUUCUGAGCGAAUACACACACAGAGGAUUUAAUUAAAAUGGAAGCAAGACGAGAUGCUUCUUUCUGUCCUCCUCGUGCUGGGCGUCUGCCUGGUUCCUGCUCACUCCAAACCAGCAGGAGAACAUCUCGGCAGUCCUCUCCUUCAAGAGUGUUUUGAGGAGGCAAAGAAAAUCGUUGAUGAUGCUUACAAAUACUCCAGAGAAGAGAGUCUGAGACGAGUCCGCAAGGAGGUCGUGCGUCCUCAGGAUGCUCUUCGUCUCAUGAAGCAGCCUCGUGGUGAAACACGCUCAGCUGUGAGAUCUGCAGACUACAUGGCACAAACCCUCCGUCUGCUACAGGAGAGGGUGCAUCAUGUGCACAAACGCUCGAUCAACGCAACAGAUUUGCUCUCUGAAGAAGACCUGAAUAAACUUGCUGAAAUAACUGGAUGUUCAGGUCAAGUCAGGCUUCCAUCAUGCCGCACCAUACCAAACCUUAACAAGUUUCGCACAGCCGGCAGCAUCUGCAACAACCUAAAUAACCCUCGCCUCGGAUCCUCCAACACCCCCUUCGCCCGCUGGCUACCUGCUGAAUAUGACGACGGCAUCUCCCAACCUAAAGGCUGGAACCAAAAUCGAAUCAACAACUUCUUGCUCCCAUUGGUGCGACAGGUGUCCAACAAUAUCCUCAGUACAACAGACGCAGAGGUUGUCAGCGACACAGAAUUACCUCACUUUGUGACGUUGUUUGGGCAGUGGAACGAUCACGAUCUCACCUUCACGCCUUUCUCUCCAAGCAUCCGCUCUUUCAGCAACGGCAUCGACUGUGAAGAGAGCUGUGAGAGAACUGAGCCCUGCAUACCCAUCCGGAUUCCUCGCGGCGACCCCCGCUUGCCCUCCGGCCCAGACAGCUGCCUCCCUGCUUUCAGAUCCGCCCCGGUUUGUGGAUCGGGAUACUCGGCCUACAACUUCGGCGGAGUACCCAAUAAUAGACGGCAGAUCAACUCCCUGACGUCCUUCCUGGAUCUUGGCCAGGUAUACGGCUCUGACGAGAAGCUUGCCCGGUUUCUUCGAGACCUCAAGAGUGAUGGCGGGCUGCUGCGCGUGAACACAGAGUUCACAGACAACAGACGUGAGCUGCUGCCCUUCACCCCUGUCCAGGACGUGAACAUGUGUGCCACUCGCAGGAGAACCACCAACAACACAAGGGCCAGAGAGGUGCCCUGUUUCAUUGCAGGUGAUGUCCGCGUGGACGAGAACAUCGCUCUCACAUCCAUUCACACAUUGUUUAUGCGUGAGCAUAACCGCCUGGCUCGUGAACUGAAGACACUGAACCCACAAUGGGGCAAUGAGACCCUCUACCAAGAGGCCCGCAAGAUCAUGGGUGCUUACACACAGGUGUUUGUGUUCAGGGACUAUCUGCCUCACAUCGUGGGUACUGACGCAAUGCGUAGACAGCUCGGCCGUUACCCCGGCUACAAUCCUAACGUAGACCCCAGCACGGCCAACGUCUUUGCAACAGCAGCUUACCGCUUCGGCCACUUGGCCCUGCAGCCAUUCUUUUCCCGUCUGGAUCCAACCUACAGGGAGAACUCUCAGUUCCCCAAUGUCCCAGUGUUCAUGGCCUUCAUGGCCCCCUGGAGGAUCGUCUUUGAGGGUGGCAUUGACCCUCUGCUCCGUGGUUUGAUCGGCCGCCCCGCUAAACUGAACACUCAGGAUCACAUGAUGGUGGAUGCUCUGAGGGAGAGGUUGUUCCAGUUUGUGAUGGAUCUGGCUUUGGAUCUGGGUGCUCUCAACAUGGAGAGGGGACGUGACCACGGCUUGCCUGGCUACAAUUCCUGGCGCAAGUUCUGUGGCCUGUCUCAGCCCAGUAACCAGGGAGAGCUCGCUCGGGUCCUGAACAACGGCGGCCUGGCCCGCAGGAUGCUGCAGCUCUACGGAACGCCAAACAACAUCGACGUCUGGAUGGGAGGCGUGGCAGAGCCGUUCGUCGAAGGCGGCCGUGUGGGGCCUCUGUUCUCUUGCCUCAUUGCAUCACAGUUCCAGAGGAUCCGCCAGGGUGACAGGCUGUGGUACGAGAAGCAGGGCGUCUUUACUGCGGCUCAGAGAGCCGCUCUGUCCACCGCCACCAUGUCCAACAUCAUCUGUCAAAACACCGGCAUCACGUCUGUCCCCACUGACGUCUUCAGCGUCCUCUCAAACAGGAACCGGCUCGUACAAUGCUCCAACAUCCAACGCCUGAACCUUUCAGCCUGGAGGGAGAGAUCCUGCAAAGGAUGUGAAUCAGUUGGAACCUCAGGAUUCCCAGAAUCCCCAGGGAACCCAGGGACUCCAGGAUCCCGAGGAACCCCAGGGACUCCAGGACAACGAGGUACGGUAGGACCCCCAGGCCCAACAGGCCCUCCUGGACCGCCAGAUCUCAACAUCAGUGCUUCACAGGAACAAUCUGCCUUCUCCGUCCGCCUGGGCAAAUACAAACCAUCCUCAAAGAGAAUCAUUCGUUUCCGUCAGGUCGUCUACAACAAACAGAGUAAUUACAGCACGGAGACGGGCCUGUUUACAUGCGUCAUCCCCGGUGUCUAUCAGUUCAGCUUUCUUUGCAAGUCCUUCGUCAGUUCAGAAAAGGUGCGUCGUAACAAUAAACUGGUGCUACGCAGUUUAAAGGUUUAUCAGAGAGGUCGGCACUCGUCAUCAGCGGGAAAAACGGUGCACCGGCUGGAGGAGGGAGACAGAGUGUGGCUGGAGGCCAGCGGCGGGACUUUCGGCCUGAGCACCGAUAGCUUCUUCCUGGGUCGCCUGCUCUUCAGUGUGUGACACAAACAAACCGCCACCCUUUCAUAGACCAGUGGCCUGUCAGCUUUAGGAUCUGCUUUCAUUACUCGCUGCACUGAACUUCACUUUCCAUUAAUCACAUCUUAUAUUGCCGCAAAUCUGUUCAACUCUGUUACAGCAUGCAGUCUAUUGGUCCGAAAAAUAGUCAUCAGCCAGUUUUGAUGGUGUGAUUUACAAGUAUUGUUAUGAAUAUUUUAUUGACUGAUGAAAUUUAAGCACGCCUUCACAAUGUUUUGUAUUGUUUUCUCUGUGAGGCUUUCUUGCUGUAAAUGCACCUGUUUUGUUUCACAUUCAAUAAAUAAACUAUAUAGACUGA